AUUGCUGUGGUGUGUGACGAUGUGACAUAAUGUGUGAUAUAGAAAGAAGUUUAGAAGAGAUUAAAAUUAAUGGGACCUCUGACAGCUUGGAUGAUUUACCUAAGCGGCCUUUUAUCAGGGGAUCAGAUCCGAGGGUAGCAACAUGCAGGGGAAAACUCCAGAACAGACGAUCAAAGUUAAACCAAGAGAUUAACAAGGAGUUGCGUUUACGCGCUGGCGCCGAAAACUUGUUUAAGGCAACUACGAAUAAAAAAUUACGAGAAACGGUGGCUGUGGAGUUAAGUUUCGUAAACUCGAAUCUUCAGUUGUUAAAAGAACAACUUGCGGAGUUGAAUUCCUCAGUGGAGUUAUACCAAAGCGAUAGCACCGAUGCCGUAAUGCCGAUGAUCCCCUUAGGCCUUAAAGAAACAAAAGAAAUCGACUUCCGAGACCCUUUUAAAGAUUUUAUUCUAGAACAUUACAGCGAAGACGCCAACCACUACGAAGAUGCCAUUUCCGACUUCAUGGACACCAGGCAAGCCAUUCGAACCCCCCUCCGAGAUUCCUCUGGAAUUGCUUUACUCUUUAGGUACUACAACCAACUAUACUUCGUAGAAAGAAGAUUCUUUCCGCCCGAUAGGUCUCUAGGAAUAUACUUCGAGUGGUUUGAUUCUUUAACUGGUGUGCCAUCAUGUCAGAGAACGGUUGCUUUCGAAAAGGCUUGCGUUCUGUUUAAUAUGGGAGCUGUAUAUACACAAAUCGGGGCCAAGCAGGAUAGGUCGACGGCCAAGGGUCUGGAUGCGGCUGUAGAUAGUUUUCUAAGAGCAGCUGGUACGUUUAGGUAUAUAAACGAGAACUUCACCAACGCUCCAUCGAUGGAUCUGGGUCCAACAAUGUUAGAAAUGUUUGUACAGUUAAUGUUGUGCCAAGCUAGAGAAUGUCUUCUAGAAAAGCUCCAACUACAGUCCAAGGACAACAGAUCCAUCGAUAUAUGUUUAGAUUUAUCCCAAGAAGCCGCUCAUCUUGCAGAAUGUUAUAACGACGUGAGUCAACUAAUAAGUCAUGAUACCGUUAGGGACUUCGUUCCCUACAGUUGGUCCUCCCUCGUCCAAGUCAAAAGGCAAUUCUAUACGGGAAUGGCACACAACUUGGUCGCAAAUGGGGUGCUACAUAAAGAUGCUGCGAAAAUGUCCGAUAACACGAAAGACACGCUUUUGUAUAUGCAUGUUGAGAUAGAUGGAUUAGCGCAACUGGAUAUAAAGAUGCCAAAAGAUGCUUCAGAAAGGAGAUUAUUAGGGAGAGCUCAUCUAAGAGAAGCGCUAAUGCUGUAUGAAGAAGCUCAACGACAACAUCGGAUGUGUAGGGAAUUAAAAGGAAAGCAAGCCCUUACAUCGGUGUUGAGAACAGCGCAUAAAAUUGCGUUAAAUGCUUACACAGGAACAGAAACCGAAGAUGACUUUAGUGACCUGCUCGAUCCUCCUCAGAUACAAGCCUCAACCAAGUUUCAGCUUUCUCUGACACCACCAGACUUUGCACAGUAUCGCGUAACAGAUCUGUUUAGAAGUCUGGGACCGAUUGCCAUUUUUUCAGCAAAAAGACACUGGACCGCUCCGAGGCUAGUUCAGCUCCAUCGAGGAAGAACCACCGAUGGAUUUGGCUUUUCUCUCCGUGGUGAUGCUCCAGUGCUUGUAGCUGUGGUCGAGGCUAAUUCCUUGGCAGAGUUUGGAGGAAUUAAAGAGGGCGAUUUCAUUGUCGCGGUGGCCGACAAGGAUGUGAAAUGGUCCUCGCACGACGAAGUAGUAACGCUCAUCAAAAACGCUGAAGAAUCUCUAAAUCUCAAGCUGGUUACUCCAAUGGAUAGAAACUAUCUAAAGCCAUCAAAAGCACCAAGUACAAACAAAGGCUCAGUAUCGACUCAUAGCAGCAGUUCGGGAGUCUCAAGCGGAAUGUCUAGUCCAUCCGGUUCAAUGGCGCAACAUAGCAACACCAGCAAUCAGAAGAGGUUGAAUUGGAAUCCCUUUAAACGACACUCAUCAUCCAGAGAAGGAAAAGAUUUUUACGAAAAUGUGAUCUUACGAUGAGAAUAUUUUGUUUUAUCUCUUAUUUAUUUAUCGAAAUUGUACAUUUUAUUCCAAGUUAGGUUAGUUUUUGUCGUCGGACGGUACUGAAUUAAAUAAUUGUAUCAAUGUCAAAAAAUGUAUUUUUGUAUGUUUCUCCAUAUUCAUAAUUUAAAAAAAUACGAUUAACUAAAAGAACUCGUAUUUACAUUGUAACGAAGUUGUUUGUAACACUAGUUUAAUUAAUCGAAAGCAAAUAGUCUGUAUUACAAUUAUUUAAAUAAUAUUAAUACACAGAUUGAAAAUCGGUUAUCAGUCAGCGAGAAGAAACUCCUUCGUCUUAUCUGUGACAAUUUUACUUAUUGUGAUACAUAUCCACCAUUUAUGUAUUUUUUUGUAGUGUCUGUUUCCCAAGUUUUAAGUUUCUUAGGUAUGUUCGUUUCUCGCCAGAAGAGCGCCAUAAAAGUUUUAUUACUACGCUGUACAAAAAUGUGCUUUCAUUGUACAGUAACUAAAUGUUCCAUCUUUUAUCAAUCAUUCUAAAAGCAUCUUUCCAUCAGUCUAAAACUAUCAAGAUAUCCGACGGCUCCUAUUGGCUUAUCGACGUCACGCUGUCAAUCCAACAUGGCAGCUGUCAGGUGUCAAUACGUGGCCAAUCAAAAUGUCCUUCCUUGAGAGGGAAAUUGGUGACGCUUUAGUCACUACAGAUUAUAAAGAAGCUUGUUGUUGAAUUCCGACGUUAUUGUCAAGUAUUAUUUCCGUAACUUUAAUAUAAUAAUAAUAAUAUUUUUUUUUUAUUUAAAAUAUAAUUUUUAUAAAAUGUCUGGUAAAGUUUUAUAAUUGCACUAUGUAUUAUACUGCUUUAUUUUUAUAAAGCUUUGAUACCUACUUUACUAUCCAUAAUAACAUUAAGUUACUUUGUAUUACCGAACACGUUUUUGGAAGCAUGUUUGUCUCUAAUCUUAUAGUGUUACACUUAACAUAAAUGUUAGGUACACCGUAAAUAUUUAAUCUUUUAGUUAAUAUAUUUACGUUAGUCUUUUGAUAUGAUUUAUAUUGUAAUAUUAUUUAACAAAUAAUAUGAUCUUCAAAGCAAUUUAAGCGACAAUCACAACGUUCUGCUUCCAUCCAUCCAUCCGUCCUAUUUUGUAUAAAAAAACUUAAGUAAUCUUUAUUGUAUAGAUAUUCGAACUGACUAAAUUUUAUCGAUGUACUGAGAAGAUAUUUAUGUUUUCUUGUAAAUACCUGUUUAGUUUGAUAAGAGUAUUUAAUCAAAAAUUAUGUUUAUUUUGUUUCAAUUCUAUAUUUAGCAUGAUUAGUCAAAGCAUGUACCUUCAAUAUGUUUCAAAUGUCUUCAAAUUUAUUUCUGUUGUUAAGUUUACUUAAAUAAAGAUGAAUAAAAGUUG